AUGACCCUGCGUCUGACCUCCGCUCCAGUCGCCGGUGUCAAGAAGCGUAAAUCUACUCCCAAAAGUCGUGAUUCUCCCUUUUCGGGUCAUGGCCGCAAACCCAACUCUCCCGCGGCCAAGGCCGUGAAGGCGGCGGCUGAAGACUUGGUCGACGAUGAUCCGCUUCCAGAUAAAGGGCGAUCGCACUACAUCUCCGAAACAGCAGAGGUCCGUGAUGUGGUCGCUGCCAUUCGAUCCAUCCGGGCGAGAAUGUUCGAUGAGCUUCCGCCGCAGCGGGCGGGUAUGAACAGCACUCGCAUUGCAGAGGUCUUGAACCUGCGCCGGUCGCUCCCCCCACUUGCCUCGGUGGCACAUAUCCAUACGUUGCUGAACGCCCCAACGCAGGUGGAACGGGAAAUUGUCGAACUACUGCAGGCGGGUCGCAUUCGACGAUUGAUGAUUCCGGGUCGGGGCAACGAUGCGGCCGGUCUGGGGGACUGCUUGGUCCUGGCCGAGGAAUGGGAAGAGAUGAUCCGGGGGAACACGGCGUUGAGUGAUGAGUUGAAGGAUAAAUUCCUCGAUAUCCUAUCCCGCCUCGGAUCUUCGUCCGCCCUCUCCCAAAGCAUCUUCACUCCCGACGAGUACCGGGUGCUCGUCCGUGCGGGCUUCCUUGUCUCCUCAUCCACCUACACCCAAGCAUCGCUGAACGUGGCAUCCCUUCCCAAUCUCCCUCCGGCAGUCAUCGCUUCGGCCAGUCGCAAAGGCCCGGCUCAUGCGUCUGACCACGACCGAGCGGUCCAGACAGACGUGCAGGCUCGAGCAGCGACUCUUUUCUUAUCUUUGCCCAACACGGGCACCUACCUCCGGCUGCUGGGUGCAGGGCGGGCGCACUUGAUGACUUUGCUCCGACGCUCUCCCUGUAGUGAAGCCCCGCUCACCCUGCUGCAAGACCGUUGGGACGGAGCCAUUGAAACUGAAAAGAGUUUCCACCUGGCCAAACGUGCACGAGGUGAGUUUGCGGGGAUUCUGCCGGGUCGAACGAAAAAGUGGAAGGACCUCUACGGUAUGCAAUUUCGCUGGGCCCUGGAGGAAGCUCUGGGAGCCGGACUGGUAGAGAUCUUUGAGACUGGCAGCGUGGGACCGGGCAUUCGAUGUCUGUAG